UUUCUGUUCACAAUUCAAUGUAUCUACAUGCGUUUUAGGGUAUUAAGAAGCUUAACAUUUUAUAUUUCUCAUGCCAUGAUUGGAGUUCUGAGAAAAGUAUUUAUCGAUGUCUACCAUGACUUCAGACAGCAGGGAGCUCUGUUAUGCUGAGUUUCACAGUGUAUUCACUCAUCCAGUUUUUGCUCUAGACUCUGUUAAGGUUGACAUAUGGUCCACUCGGAGCUUUUAACUUCUCCCUGAGGCACCGGCUACCCUGAAAAAAAACAUCUGAGGAUGCAGAUGUCCAAUAUGUAGUAAAUGAUUACCCAGGCUACAAAUCUCUCCGUAUGAAGGUCCUGUUGGAGAGAAAAGGACGGAUCACUAAGAGUUACCUGGAAAUAAGUGAAAACUGAGAGCGUCUGCAAAGCUCCAGGCUAAAAUCUCAGCAGCUCAGGGCUACAGCUCCAGCUGCCACGACAGACACCUCCGCCUGAGCUUCUCAGUGACACCCUAUGACGGGGGAGGAUGGGUGAUGGGCCUGUGAAAUUCUGCGGACUCUUUCCUCCUUAUCCCAUCCUCUCAUGGAGCACCCUGUCACACCGAGCUCCUCCUGGAACCAUUCUCUCUCCAGCCUCCCCAUACUUCCAGCUUCUCUGCACCCAAAUAUCUCUAACGUGACCUUGCCGGCCACAAGCCUCCCAGGGGGGGUAGAUCUAAACCGGUCCUUGGCACUGUGUGCUAUGCUCAUCAUCGAUGUGCUGGCGGUGGUGGGGAACUUGUCCGUGAUGAUUGUCAUCACUAAAACGCCGCAGCUACGCAAGUUUUCCUUUGUGUUCCACCUGUGUCUGGUGGACCUACUGGCAGCGCUGGUGUUGAUGCCUCUGGGGAUGCUGUCAGACCAAAUCCUGGCGGACGAGGCAUUGUGUCGGAGCUACCUCUGCCUGAGUGUGUGUCUAGUGAGCGCUGCCAUCCUCACCAUCUGUGCCAUCAACGUGGAGCGCUACUACUACAUUGUCCACCCCAUGCGUCAUGAGGUGAAGAUGACACUGGGGCUAGUGGUGACUGUGAUAGUACUAAUCUGGAUUAAAGCCAUUGUUAUGUCUGCGCUGCCUCUCGUUGGAUGGCUGCUUCAGGGGAAUCAGGGUGUUGGGACUCCAUCAACCCUCAUUCAGGGUCAGAGACAAUGCUCCCUUCACUGGGUGGGAGUCAGGAACACGCGGCUACUUUUUAUGGUCUUCUUUACAUUCAUCUAUUUUCUUUGCCCUAUGCUGAUCAUCCUUGUGGUCUACUGCAACAUGUUCAAAGUGGCGAGGGUAGCUGCCAUGCAGCACGGCCCCCUGCCCACUUGGAUGGACACGCCCCGACAACGGUCCGAGUCAAUCAGCAGUCACUCCACAAUGGCAGCCAGCCUCAGUGGAACUGGUGCCCGCAACACACCACAGAGGACCUUCAGCGGCGGGAAGGCUGCAGUGGUUUUGGUGGCAGUAGGCGGCCAGUUCCUCUGCUGCUGGCUGCCAUAUUUCUACUUCCAUCUCUACACGGCCGUGGCCUCUACCUCUCCCUCCUCGCUGGCCCAGCUGGAGGAUGUUGUCACAUGGAUAGGAUAUUUUUGCUUCACCUCCAACCCCUUCUUCUACGGCUUCUUGAACCGUCAAAUUCGCGAGGAGCUGGGCCGCCACCUGGCCUGCCUCUUCAAGCGAGCCGGGCCAAGCGAAGGGGAGCAGCUGCCCAGCCGCGAGGCCUCCAUUGAGGAGAACUUUUUGCAGUUCCUUCAGGGCACUGGAUGCAAUCUGGAGCCCUGCAACUCACACAGCAGAGUCAGCCAAGAGGAGCCAGAGACUGAGGGCCUUCAGGAAUCAGCUGUUCAGCAGAACACGCCAGCUGACUUCCACAUCCCAGGGCAGAUCCUUGAGGAAACCUCAGAGUUCAUACAGCGGCAACAGCUGAACAAUGAGCUACAUGUAUCAGAGAACUGCUACAAAACUGUACCCGAGCUGUAGCUGCCUCUCAUGUACUGUCUCUUUUGCCAUCUAUAAUCCAAUAAAUAUAUUUAGUUUUAUUCUAAAAUGUGUUAAAUUAAUACAUCUCUUGUUCUUGUUACAACAGUGCUUUAAGCUAACAACCAAGUAAACUGCAAAACAGUCGGUCUAUUUCUAAAGAAUUUAGGUUGUGUAGAUUUCCGGAGAAAGACAAGGAUGAAUAUAUUGUGUGCAUCAUCUCGCUCAUAUCAUGGAGCAUUUUCAGAGCCAUACAGUGUCAGACUGUUUUCAAUGUGAUGUUAGCUGAUGGACACUAAACGCUUGUUGUGAUAAUCACGGGUCAGUGGUUUGACAAACAUCACAUUAAAAAAAGAAUUGCUGAAACUCUGUGAAAUUAAAACUUCAGUGGAAACACCAAUUUCCACACAUGGGAAUCUCUUAGAGCCAUUAAAUGUCAUUAUAAGACAAAUGCUUAGUGAAAUGUGACUUAUGAUAUGCAUUCCUUCAUUCAGUCUUCACCCAAGUGAGGUUCUCCAUCUCUUAUUUGACAGAAAAGUGUGAAAUAAAUCAAAAAACAUCACUGCGAUUACAUCAACAAUGCUGUAAUUCCAUUUGCAUGUUCUUCUUGUUUUACUUACUUACCAAGACUUGAAAAAGCCCCUUGACAAUCCGUUCCAAUUCGCUCAGCGAGACAACAGGUCCCUAUGAACAAAUAGAUGUUUUAUUAUUAAUAUAAGUUAUAAUCUAACAAUAAAACCCACUCUGCUGCACCUAUAUUUAGAAACUAGUUCAUCUCAGACACAUUUUUAAGUCCAAAAAAACCCAAAAAGUUGAGGGAUAAGUACAUCUUGUGAGUUAUUUGUUGAGGAUAUGUUUAGAAGUGUUUUAAUUUCACUUUCACAUCUCAUCAUAACACCAAGGAAUUCAUGUAAAAAUAUAGCUGUUUUCCCAGAACAAAUGUAUGCAUAUUCAGAACCAUUUAUAAAAUUGUCUAUUCCUUUGAAAUAUUCAUGAUGUUGAACAGGAUCAUUUCACAGCUGGUGCUGCUGGUGGUAUUUAUAAUAAACACACUAGCGUAUUAUUAAGCAUUUUCCAGGAACAUCAUUAUCAUGUUUAUCUGUUUGCAGUCUUGUGAUUAUCACCUCCUCACCAAAAUCCUCUCACAUUGGUACACUCGUGAUUUCACCCUCUUCCACUCAAAGAAAAACAUUGUGACUGCUUUAAUUUGUAUGACACUAAUGGUGUUAGGAUGUAAGCUUUUUAAACAUUGUCUAACCACAGUUAAACUGUAAAAAAGAAAAGAAGCAGGUUGUGGACUAUUUUGGACAUCAUGAACACCCUUCCCCCCAGUGUGAGUGCGCCUGUGUUUGUGCUCUAAACAACCAUGCUUGUUGUGGCUACACAGCACACAGGUGAGACAGUGCUUACACAUGGCAAGCUUUGCCUUUGGCCUCAUUCAGCGACAAAUGGAAGACUCUGGUGAUACUUUCUCUGAUCUCAGGUGGAAUACAAACAGUUUGCACAAGUCACACGAGCAGUGACAAAUGUUCCAAAGAAAUGACAUGGCACAAGUCUUUUACUAAACAGUUUCUUGUCUCUUUUUAUACUUGCUCUUUGUUGCUGCCUUUAUCUAUUUUAGGCUGCCUCACACCGGACUAUUGGCAUGAUCACAAGACGUACAGGAGGUUCAUUUUUUUGCUGGGAGUCAGAACAAAAAAAGGCCCCUUUGUCAGGAGGAGACAUAAUGUUCUUAAUAUUCCUGCAAAAUGACGCUGUUGCACACUGUUUUUCAGAUAGGGUCAUCAUGUCAUAUUGUUUGAAAAUGUUUCCUUUGUGUGCAGUAAUGGGAGGCCCUAAAAAAUGGUGAGCUCAAGAUGCAAUCACUGCCAUAAUCCUAAAUGUUCAACAGUAUGUAUGUUUUUCUUAUUAUUCAAACUAAAACUAAAAAAUAAACAUACCAUUUUAUGAAAAAAAAUUACAUUAAACUACCUUGGUGGAUUGAUCCACCAGGGUACAGGAACAUGAGUCUAAUCGCUUCAGAUUAUCUUCCUCAUUGAACAUUAUUAAUCAUCUUCUCUUUAUCGUACAAUGUUGUAAUAAAUUGGGUAAUAUUUCUCAUAGUCUGGGGUCAUUACAAAGCCCCUUAUGUUGAUUGAAUCCACCAUUCAAUCAGCUGGAUUUCCGUUACCGUAGCAGCAAAAUUGCCCCGACCAAUCUGAUUAAAUGCUUUAAGCUCUAUUUCUGCUACCAUCUGUUGAUUAUGAGGACGUUGAAGUAAGCUGCUCUGAAGGUGAACGUCAGAUAAUAUUACAUUCACAUUCAGGAAUAUUCAUGAACAUUAGUCGGAAACUGUUUUGUUCAUCGUAAAUCAUCAAUGUCUCUUUUGUACCCGAGCUGAAAAGACUGUUUGGAUUCAUUAUCAUUACAGUCUGUUUUCCACUUGUUAAGAUCUCCCUGUGUAUUGGUUACCUAUCAGUUGAAAUUAUUAAAGAAAACAGCACAAGUUCAAGCUGA